CGAAAUUAUUUUUUUGUCCCGGUCAUUGCUCGCUGGUCUUUGGUUCUUGCAAGUCGUCUGAAACAUCUGGCUCACACUUGGAACCUCCACGAUGAAGCUAGGUGUCUUUUCCGUGCUUCUCUGUCUGGCUCUUAUGGCUAUUGUCGAAAAGGAGAACGUGGAGGCGGCAACUGAUGAGAUGGACGCAAACAUCCGAGGUCCUCCAGGAUUCAACGGUCGGAGAGGGUUUAACGUGGGUCCCUUUGCUCGACAAAAGAGGUCGGAGAUGGACGCAAACAUCCGAGGUCCUCCAGGAUUCAACGGUCGGAGAGGGUUUAACGAGGGUCCCGUUGCUCGAGAAAAGAGGUCGGAGGGGAGGGAGUGAACCCUGUCGCUAUGAUGCCGAAGAUUUUGGUUCAUCCAUUGUGCUGUCUGAGUCUGAGUUCAAUUUGGGAAUAAUCAUUACAUAUUUCUUUUUUCUUCUUUUUUUCUGUAACUGUAACACAUUUCUUUUGAAAAUAAAAGUCAUCUUUUAAAAUCAGA